AUGGAUUGCAGGAAACGGGACCCCGAACACGAAGCGCGAAUAGACACGAUUUUACGAAAACAACUUGCAGAGAACAACGAGCAGUCUGAUAAGGAUUUUGAUGGUCCCGUGAGCAAGAGGAGUUGUCGUGAUGUCAUCUGUCUCAUCAUAUUUCUUGCUUUUUGGGGUGGGAUGGGUUACAUCGCCUAUGUUGCCAUCAGAGACGGUCAACCAGAACGUCUGAUCUUCGGCGCGGACAGUUAUGGCAAUGUAUGUGGAAGUAAAAACAAACCAAUCGAUAACGUCACCUUAUCUGGUAUGGACAUGAGAGACAGACCGUUUUUGUUUUAUUUUGAUGUUUCUGCUAUUGUGGACCCCACUACAGAAAGCAAGAUGUUGUGUGUCAAAAAAUGUCCUGAAGGUGUGAUAUUUCAAUCACUGGAAGACUAUGCCAUUGAAACUAACAUCACUCUGUGCGAUUAUGACGUAGACGUUGAAGAUUAUGGUUCUGCAUCAACUGGUCCUGUUGCUCAGUGCCCUGAAUGGCCGAUAACAAACCAGACCGUUAUCUUAAAUCGAUGUUUCCCGCUAAAUUUUCUGGAAAGCGUUACGGAUACAUUCAGUACGAUAUUCAAUGCUGAUUUACUCAGGAAAAUUUUCAGUGAUAUUGAAAAAUCAUGGCAUGAGAUUCUUUACUUGUGUGCCAUCUCAGUUGGACUUGCAGUGGUAAUCACCAUAAUCAUGAGAUUCUUUGCUGCUGUUAUAAUCUAUAUCACUGUAUUUGUGUUCAUAAUUGGUAGCCUAGGGGGUACAGCCUAUUUAUGGUACCUCUGGUAUAGUUCUAAAACAGAGCUAGAUAACAUGUCAACAGAACUACGAAUGGAUGAAGAUGAAGAUAAUGUCAAGACACUGUUGAUCUACGCUGGCGUAGCUUCUGGAGUAACUAGGAUAUCACUGGUAGUUACCUUGUUCAAAGAGGCUGGUAAAGCGAUAGCGUCUAUGCCAUUCUUGUUAAUACAACCAGUAUGGACAUUCCUAUUUGUGGCUGUACUGUGUGUAUACUGGCUGUUUAUAUAUUUGUAUAUUGCCACCGCUGGACAAGCACAAUUACAUAAAGAUUCAGGUUUUGUGGAGUAUGUUGAAGAUGAAGCUGUGAAAAUUGCACGGUGCACAGAAUGA